UUUGUUUUAAUAAAAGAAAAGCAGGGUGGAGAUGCAAAUGGCGAAAAAUGAAGUUCCUUUGAGAAAAAAGUGGUGAUAAAAGGCAGAGAGAGCAUUCACAAGUGAAGAAACAAAAAAAGAUUCGGCUUUAGCUUCAAUGCUUCAAGUAGUAACUAAGUAGUAAGUAAAUAGUAAUAGAUUCUUCUUUCUUCUUCUGCCUCCCACUCACUUAACUCGACUCGUCCGAGUCACCCACUCACUCCUUCUCAUGGCCAACAACCCUUCCGACCCUCCCGACAAUAACACUGAAUUGUUCCAACAUUUUUAAUAUUAUUGUGCUUUUUCUCUUGAUCAGACGGAUAGAGCUGCAAUGUUAGAUGAAAUUGUGGAUUAUGUCAAGUUCUUAAGGCUCCAAGUAAAGGUUUUGAGCAUGAGUAGAUUGGGUGGAGCUGGUGCAGUGGCACCACUGGUAACUGACAUCCCAUUAUCAUCAGUUGAGGAGGAAGGCGGUGAUGGUGGAAGAAACCGGCCGGCUUGGGACAAGUGGUCAAAUGAUGGCACAGAAAGACAGGUGGCUAAGCUUAUGGAAGAAAACGUUGGAGCAGCCAUGCAGUUUCUUCAAUCCAAGGCACUCUGCAUCAUGCCAAUCUCACUUGCAUCCGCGAUAUACCAAUCACAACCCCCGGACACCUCUAGUAUAGUGAAGCCUGAAGCUAACCCUCCUCCAUAGACCUUAGGUAUAUGGUGCAUGACUUCUUGGUCCCAUCUACCACUCACCUAAUACUGUGUGGCCCAUGAGUUAUUUGUCUGUUCCAAGGCUCCAUAAUUAAGUAAUUGGAAAGCAUCAAGUUGCAAUCAAAGUCAGAU